AUGAAUAAAUUGUUAAAGCCGGAGUAUCGCUUGAGCGAGAAGCCUUUCUACAUGCAAAAUGAAGAUCCAAUGCUUCUGGCGAUCGAAGAUCUCGUGUCUUUCGGUUUUCGAAUGGUCGAUCGUUUGUCUAGUCUUGACUUAGAUCAUUCCAUAUUGGAACCAAAGCAAAAAGAGAUGUAUUCGCUAGGAAUAUUUAACAAGCAGCAAUCGUCAAGAAUAAAAGAUAUUUUCAUUAAGAGUACUAAAGAUUUAGCAAACGAGAUUGCACUCUGGCCAGAAGUGAACAAUAUGUUGUUCAGAUAUGACAAUGAUGGCAAACUUAUUGAUCAUUAUGUUUGUAAGUAUCAUCACGUCAUAAAAAAUCAUGUACUUCCUCUAAACAUAGACUUUCAACUGUGCGUUUACUCAACGCCGGCACUUGAUUUGAUAUAUUUUCUCAAUACAAGUCCUUCCUUGGAUGUCAUGGAAAAUAAGAAAAAUAUUUUAUUGAACGAAUACCUUGACAUCUUAUCAGCAACUAUGAAACAAUUGAAUUGCAAGACACAGCCGUCCACUAUAGAACUGAAGGUUAUUAUAAAGCGAAAAGCUAUGAAAUUCCUUGUCGUUUUAUUGUUUGUGUUGUGCUCUAAGACUGAGGCGAAAGAUUUGGAUGAGUUAUUAAGCACUGAUAUAAAUCUAGGUAUCAAAAGCGAGAAUUAUAGAAAGUUAAUAAUAAAAAGAUUGUCAUUGUAUGACAAAUGGGGUUUAUUAGAUCUCUAA